CAGAAUUUAUUCCUCAGAAAUUUUCUACCGUAGGUGUAAAGACAUUGUAUGAGUUGAAUUUUCACAUUCUAGCAAGAUAAAACAGGGUUUAGUGGUUCUUAGUGUUCAGAUUUUGUACAUAAGUGUGAGCAUACAUAAAUAGGGCCAUCGUAGAUUUGAAUUUAGUGAAUCACAGAUCUAUUUUGUGAUCGUGGUGAAGGUUUUUCUGUACAAAUGUGUAAAAUAUGCGAUUUAAAGUGAAAAAUGUAAUGACUGGAGAAAGAUGUUUUCUUGAAGUAGAUGUAGAAUAUGCUGAAAAUCAAAGGAUUGAAAAAGAAAAAGAAGGGCAAAAAGGGAAAGCAUAAGGAAGACGACCUUUUUGAUCCAGAAGAACUAGAACAGUAUCGUAGAGAACACCAACAAAAGUUAGAAGCUGGUGAAGCUUCAGAAACUGCAGGUGAAGGUACUUCGUCUACAGAAAAAAGUGAAGAGUGGAAAAAGUUCCAAGCUCUUACAGCUGGUGUAGAUGACAUUCUCAAGAAAACCCAAGGUGACCUAGAUCGUAUAAAAUCUACAAGUUAUUAUCAGCGUAAACCACCUGGACCCUCAAAUACUGAAGUUGAAAAGGAUACAAAAAAUACACAGCCUGAAGCAAAGUCAACGAAGUGGACUAGAUUUGCUGAAGACGGUUCUGUUAUCGAAGAGGAACCAGAACAAAAACAAGAAAAUAAAGUUGAAGAAGUUAAACAAGAGGUAGAAGAUCAGCCCCCAGUAGAAGAAGAAGAGGAAGAAGAAGAAAGUGAACAGGAUGAAGAUAUUUUUGACACUUCUUACGUAGAUGUGGUCGCAAGUGGUGACGUAAAACUAGCCUAUAUUCCUGACAGUCCAACUGAAGAAGAAGCUGGCCCAGAUCCAUUUGACACAUCGAUCGUUGAUAAAGUAAUAAAAGUUGAUCCAAAGAAACGAAAUCUUGUAAGUUUAGGAUGUGCUGUUGAGGUUCUCACGGGUAAAGUAGACAAAGCUAUUCCAGUUGUUGAAUCUCUACCAAAAAGUAGGAAAAGACCUAAAAAGCAAGAUCUUCUGCUUGGAAGUUUUGACGAAGUUGAAACAACAAACGAGCCAAUAAAUGUAAUUGACGAGCCACAAUUGAAAUCAAUUCUUGAUGAAGAGUCAGAAUUCGUAUCAGAAGAAAUCGAUCUUUCAAUAAACCUUGCAACAACAUUACCUCAACCAAGCCCACUGGUAGAGAGAAAAGACCUUUCAGUUACAGAAAACAAAGAGCAACAUUUAUCUAAGUCUAUUGUUGAAGAAUUUGAUGUUGUUGGACAGGUAAACGCAGAUACGAUCCCUAAUCUUGAACUCGAUGACGAAUUAGAUGAUGAAUUCGCUGCACUAGCUCAAGAAUCGGUUUUAAAAGAAACUAUUAAAGAUUCAUUUGAGGCAAGUCAUAAUCUUGAAGAAACACUAGAAGAUGUUGAUGGUAUAGAUCCUUUUGAUACAACUUUUGCUGCAAAUGUUUUACCAGGUAAGUAUGAGUUAAGACUGAUAGAAGAGGAAAUUCUUUUGAAAGAACACGAUUUUCCCAAGACCACUUUGCCAAAGUACUUGGAAGAUAUACCAAGUGUCCGUUUGAAUGAUGCUACAAAUGAACACAAUUUUCUUGAGGAAGACCAAACCCCAUUAAGUUUUAAACAUCGAGAUCUGCUUGGAGGAAGUACAACUGACCUAUCAAAAAUCAGUGAUUGUCCAAUAGAACCAGUGAUACCAAACGAAAGAAGUGAAGAACUAACAUAUUCAGAUCCUUUCGAUACCUCGGUUGUUAACGACCUCGUAGCACCAGGAAAAACAGAAUUAAAGUUUCUUGAGAAGGAGUUAUUGGAUGGUGUAAUAUCUCAUAUAGAAGGUGACGAAAUAUUUGAUCCUAGAGCUGAAUCACCACCCAGAUCGACAAAGCCCGCUGUAAGACCAGAUCAAUUACCGGUUGGAGAGAAAAGGCUCUCUAUCCCUAAAGUAGUUGCAUUUAAUAUUGAAACCCUUCAGACAGAAACAGACCUUCUAGCCGUUGAUCAAGACGAAAAUUCAAAAGUAAGCAAACCUCUUACUCCGUAUUACGCUAAUCCAGAAGAGGUAAACAAUAGACCAAGUUGUGAAAGUGAAAGCAAUUUUGUUGAUCCCUUCGACACAUCCUUUGUGUCUCACGCUCCUGGAAAAGCUGAACUAAAAUUAAUUGAAAGCGAAUUAAUUGUUGAGACUGCACUAAAACACAGUCUAUCGGAUCCUGACUUCAAUCCUAGACAAGAUAUAGAGAAAACUAAAGAUAAUAACCCUAUACCACCUCAACCCCCUUCUACUCUUCCUGUAAAAGCUGUCUAUCAAUCACCUGAAAAGUUACAACCAGAUUUCCUUACAGAGGACACGGACAUUACUGUGAAACUACAUACCCCUGUUGUGCCCAAAAAAAUAGAGGAAGACUUGGAUAAAUUCGAUUACGUAGAUCCUUUUGAUACAUCUAUUGUGAAUGAUGUACUUCCUGGGAAAGCAGAAUUGAGGCUUCUUGAAAGCGAACUUAUACACUCAGAUUCAGGUGUUGAACCAUCAAUAAAAAGAAGCUAUACGGAUCCAGACUUUAACCCUAGACAUUCUCCAGAAAAGGAAAAAGAACCCGAGGAAGUAAUCAAUAACUUUAUAGAUCACUCGGAAGAUAUUUCUGUGGCAGAAAAACCUCUUACUCCGCAAUCUGCUGUGAACAGUAAAAUAUCAUUUGAGCUUGGUGAUGACAUUGAUCCUUUUGAUACGUCUUGCGUUGAUAAUUUAGUUCCAGGAAAGGCAGAGCUUAAACUGUUAGAGUCAGAACUAUUUAACUGA